UGUGGCCAGGGAGUCCGAGUGGAGAUGUGUUCUUUCGUGAGAGUGGGGUCCCCCACAGGUUUGAGGCACUCCAAGGGACUAAGAACUUCCCUUGAGCCAGGUACAGACUUCCCUUUUGAGAUGAGUGCUGUUGGAGGAAUGAGGGUGUCUGAGAGGAGAUCUCCCCAGAGCACGGAGAUUGGGCUCACCCACCAAGGAAAGGAUGACUUAGGAGAGAGGGGGGUCGGCAUGGCAACAAAAUCUCCCACAGAGUUAGGGUUCAGAGUGGGAUUAAGAAAAGAAGAUUCCUCAUGUAGGGAGAACUUCUUGGCUGGUAAUAAAUUUGAGAGGAUGGCAUCACCAGAAACAAAAUCUUCGUUGAGCAAGGAGCUUGAAAUGAAAUUAAAAAGACAGAAUAUUUCUAGGACCCUCAUGGAGAGGGAUAAUUUCGGAGUCUAUGGAGUCUCAGCCUCACGGGAAACAAAACCCUCUCUGGGUCCGGUACCAGGAAGAGUGGGUUUAGAAAAUGAGUGUCUUCUGAGUGGGUGUUCUGGAAGGAUAAUACAGCCUCCCUUAGGCAUGGUAUGCGAAAGUCCACAGGCUCUAGGGAGCAGGAGAGGCUCUGCCGCUGGUUCCCCUAAAGGGUUAGGGGCUUCAGCGGGGAAACAGCCUGCUUUGGAAAUGGAACCUAGACAGGAACCCGGAAGAGAGACCUGUGUGGUAAUGAAGCCGAGUGCAGAGAUAAAGCCUCCUGCUGAGGUGGACACUGGUCUAGAAGAGCCAGAUGAAACAGGCCCCCAAAUGGGCUUGGUGAUAGAACCCUCUGAGUGCCAGUUUACUCAAAAACCUGAAGAGAGAAAGGAGACCGAAAACCAUGAACCUGGAGUAGAACCUCCAGAUCGCAUCAGACCUAUAUACUCUGGGAAAUUCUUUGAUCGGAUGCCUUGCUGGCCAAGCGCAGGGAAAGUUAUUCCUAUUGGAGACAGAGUUGCAACCUGUUUGACUGAAAAACUUCCCAGGCUAAAUACCCCACCUGCAGCAAAAAAAUUUUUCGACUAUAGAUAUCCACCUGCUGGAGCUGAAAGAGUAUUUUAUGGCAGAGCAAAUGAUCCCCAAAUCGCACCUUAUUUGACACAUGGAAUAAGAUCUAAAGUUUCAAUACCGGCAAAGGUAUUGAUAAACCCACAGCCCAUUACAACAUUUCAACAGAAAAUUAAAGAUAAGAAGGAAUCAGUAUAUUUAAGCAAUCAGUGGGCACCAUUAGGAAAAUCUCAUGAUCAAACACCAGGAUUACCUAAAGGCCUGGAUGUGCUCCAUACGACAUUUGGGACAGCAGUUGUCAGAGAAUUAUCUGCUAGAGAUGUAGUGAAUCCACCAAAACCCUAUGAAGAAGUAUUUAAAGAAGGAAAGGAAGGACAUGAUCUGUAUAUUGUUUCUCACAACGAUUAUUAUGCGGGAGAAGCAAAGAACCGAAAGUAUAACCCGUCAAGUUUCCAUAGGUUUAACUUGUAUGGGGUCCCAACACCACAUUUUAAUGAUGGACGAGCCAUGGCAAAAACUUUAUAUUGGCUCCAUGAGCAACAAAUGAAAAGAGGAGUGAAGGUUGUAUCCAAGAGAGUUGAUGAUUUCAAAGAAAAGUUUCAACAGCAACUUGGAAGAGUUUUAGAUCCCAUUGCAGAAACAAUGAAUGUUCCCCCAGACCACACAUUUGGAGCUUGUCUCCGUGCUGAGGAGUAUGGAGCUGGUGAUCUCAUCCAUAACAGACUUCCGGGUGAAUAUCUUCGAGGCAAGGAUAGACAGAGAGCCCUGAUUGCUGCAGUACGACAUCACUUGAAGAAAGUUAACUACCAAAACUUUGACACUUUGCUGGCAGCCUUCAGGCACUAUGACAAGAAUGGAGACGGGGCGAUAGAUAAGGCUGAGCUGCGGGAGGCCUGUCAUCAGGUCAGCUUGCACGUAGAUGAGCAGCUCCUGGACCAGCUAUUUGACUACUGUGAUGUGGAUAAAGAUGGGCUGAUUAACUGCCUAGAGUUUGCAAAUUUUCUUAACUGGAAAGAUAAAAUGCUUCUGAAAGAGUAUGAAGAGAGGGUCAUUAUUAAAGGUAGAAAACCGGAUUGUGCAAACCCUAUGGAGGCUGAUGUUGAAGAAUCUGAACCAACUCUCCUGAUAAAGCCAGAAGAUACUGUCUUAAAAGAACCAGGGAGCUCAGAAAAGACUCUCCGGACACUUCUGAGGCCAAGUGAUAAAGUUUCUAGUCACUAUACGACAACUUCUUCUGAGAUCAAUGCGGUUGUAGGAGCUGUCCCUUCUCUUUGUUAUCCCAUCUAUGGUGUUCCAUCCGUUCGGUCUGAUAUCCCUGCCCCCCGAAUUCGUCGCAUCAGUGAUAGAACUAAUUAUGGUGAAGACGGCAAUGCCUACUCAUUACUACAUCCUACCAUCUUUGCCCAGAAAGGAGUGUUUGAAAGAGACUUCUUCAAGACAAGAUCGCAAAAAGAGAUUGCAGAGAUAUUAUGUAACAUUGGUGUCAAGCUUUCUGAUGAAGAAUUUGAAAAUGUAUGGAAUCUUGCCUCAAAAAAGCAUCACAGAGGAGAAGUUUCCAUUGAGACCAUCAGGAAUGUUCUGGAUGAGCUACAGCAUGCAGACCGGAUCAAGUGUAAAACAACCAUGUGAUAGUUUUGGAGUUCAUUCAUUUAAACAAAAGAAUUGUUAAAUCUGUGUUCAUUAAAAUGCCCAGCCCAUUCUGGUUUUAGAUAUGUUCCAUUUUCAGCAGUUGCUGUAGUAGGACUCAUAUGCCUGUGUGUGUUGCUAAUAAAUUUGAUUUGGGAUUUUAA